GAAACACUUGAAUCGAUAGGAUCAUGCGCACAGCCGUUGUUUCCGGAGUGGCCCGGCCCACUGGCAUCGGUCGCCAGAUAGCACGUACCCUUCUGAAUAAGGGCUACAAGGUCGUGGGUUGUGACAUUGCUCCCGAAGAAUCCCCAGAUGUCCCACAGUCUCCAGCGUAUUCCUUCGUCAAGGUUGACGUGCGGCGACUUGAGGAUGUACAUGCGUUGCGUGAUAAUGUCGAACGGGUGGCAGACGGCCCGCACCUCAACGUCCUCGUAAACAACGCGGGCAUCGCGACGCCAAAUCUGGAUUCCGCGGAUCCAGUCGGCAGCUGGCACUCCUUCAUCGACACAAACUUGACGGGCGCCUUCCUGAUGUCCCACGCGCUCCAGCCGCUGCUGCAACCGGGGUCCUCCGCCAUCAUCCACAUCUCCAGCACCCGAGCGCUGCAGUCCGAGCCCGGCUGUGAG